AUGAAGGACGUUGCUGACUACCGCCCUGGAACCGUCGCCCUGAGGGAUGACGAUGAAGAUGGCAAAAUUAAGGACGUUGCUGACUACCGCCCUGGAACCGUCGCCCUGAGGGAUGACGAAGAUGGCAAAAUGAAGGACAUUGCUGACUACCGCCCUGGAACCGUCGCCUUGAGGGAUGACGAAGAUUGCAAAAUGAAAGACAUUGCUGACUACCGCCCUGGAACCGUCGCCCUGAGGGAUGACGAUGAAGAUGGCAAAAUUAAGGACGUUGCUGACUACCGCCCUGGAACCGUCGCCCUGAGGGAUGACGAAGAUGGCAAAAUGAAGGACGUUGCUGACUACCGCCCUGGAACCGUCGCCCUGAGGGAUGACGAUGAAGAUGGCAAAAUUAAGGACGUUGCUGACUACCGCCCUGGAACAGUAGCCUUGAGGGAUGACGAAGAUGGCAAAAUGAAAGACGUCGCUGACUUCUAA